GCCAUGGUCUCCCAGGCCCGGGCGCCGGCUGUCCUCUGCCUUCUGCUCGGCCUGCAGGGGUCCCUGGCGGCAGUCUUCGUCUCCCAGGAGCAGGCCCACAGUGUCCUGCACAGGACCCGGCGUGCCAACUGGUUCCUGGAGGAGCUGCUGCCAGGCUCCCUGGAGCGUGAGUGCAGGGAGGAGAGCUGUUCCUUCGAGGAGGCCCGGGAGAUCUUCCGCAACGAGGAGAGGACGAAGCAAUUCUGGAUUUCUUACAACGACGGGGACCAGUGCGCCUCGAGGCCCUGCCAGAAUGGGGGCUCCUGCGAGGACCAGCUCCAGUCCUACAUCUGCUUCUGCCCGGAUGGCUUCGAGGGCCGCAACUGUGAGACAGACACAAAGAGCCAGCUGAUCUGCCCGAAUGACAACGGGGGCUGUGAGCAGUACUGCAGGGACGACGCGGAGGCGGGGCGCACCUGUGGGUGCCACGAGGGGUACGCGCUCCAGGCAGACGGGGUGUCCUGCGCCCCCACAGUUGAAUAUCCGUGUGGAAAAAUACCUGUUCUGGAAAAGAGAAAUGGCAGCAACCCCCAAGGCCGAAUCGUGGGUGGCUGCGUCUGCCCCAAAGGGGAGUGUCCCUGGCAGGCCAUGCUGAAGCUGAACGGGGCGCUGCUGUGUGGGGGCUCCCUGCUCGACCCUGCCUGGGUGGUCUCGGCAGCCCACUGCUUCGACAGACUCAGGAGCUGGAGGAACGUGACGGUGGUGCUGGGCGAGCACGACCUCAGCCUGGACGAGGGCGACGAGCAGGAGCGGCGGGUGGCUCAGAUCAUCGUGCCCGACGCGUACGUGCCGGGCAAGACGGACCACGACCUGGCCCUGCUGCGCCUGGCGCGGCCCGCGGCCCUGGGCGAGGCCGUGGCGCCGCUGUGCCUGCCCGAGCGCGGCCUGGCCGAGGGCGCGCUGGCCUCCGUGCGCUUCGCGGCCGUCAGCGGCUGGGGCCGGCUGCUGGAGCGCGGGGCCACCGCGCGCCGCCUCAUGACCGUGCACGUGCCGCGCCUCCGCACCCAGGACUGCCUGCAGCAGUCGCGCCGCCGACCCGGCGGCCCCGCCGUCACCGACAACAUGUUCUGCGCCGGCUACGCGGACGGCAGCAAGGACGCCUGCAAGGGCGACAGCGGCGGCCCGCACGCCACCCCCUUCCGCGGCACCUGGUACCUCACGGGCGUGGUCAGCUGGGGCGAGGGCUGCGCGGCCGCCGGCCACUUCGGCGUCUACACGCGCGUGUCGCGGUACACGGCCUGGCUGCGCCGGCUCAUGGGCUCCCCGCCGCCCUCGGGGGGCCUCGUGCGGGCCCCGCUGCUGUCCCGGCGCCCGCCCGCCCCAAGCAGCCCUGCCUCCUCCGAGCCCUGGUGGCCGCCCACCCUCCCUGCAUCCUCCAGAGGCAUCUCCCGGAGACCCGUGUUUAUCUUUGAGCUGGUCUCCUUCACAGUCACCAGCUUGGCUGACGUGAACCUCUCACAAACGGCUUGCUGCCCCGUCAGGCGGUCGUUUUCUGGGUUCUCACUGGGCACACACGUCAAGAGCCCCGACCCUGGGCCGGACCUCCUGGGGUCGCUGCGGCUCCGGCUCCAGCUCUGGUUCCCUCAGCCGUGCUGCUAA